AACGUGCUUGGACGAGGGGCGCGGGCCAGUCUGGGAGUUGUAGUUCCAGGUCGCUGUGGGGCGCGCGCCUGGCGGAAGUGGCUGGAGAAGGCGGGCGGAAGCUGCACGCCAAGGUACUGGGUUCGGUGCUGAGGCGGCGGCUGCGACACGGAAAAGACUGAGUGACUGAAGCUCCAAAGGCCAGCAGGCUGGUGGGGACGUGACCGAAGCGAGGCUCUAGUUCCUUUUCGGUGGGCGCCAGUUGAGCAUCGCCUCUGGCUUCCCCAGGAUGCGCCGGCAGCCGGGGAGCGGCUGCAGGCGCGGGGCCUAAGGAUGAUCUUUCCUGUCCUACGCUCCGCGCUCCGGUGGCUGCGACAGCCCGGAGACCGUGCCUUUUCCCGCCCCGCCAUGGAGGUGGCCCUCCGAGGCGUGCGGAAGGUCCUCUGUGUGGCCGAAAAAAACGACGCGGCCAAGGGGAUCGCCGACCUGCUGUCCAACGGGCGCAUGAGGCGGAGAGAAGGACUUUCAAAAUUCAACAAGAUCUAUGAAUUUGAUUAUCACCUGUAUGGCCAGAAUGUUACCAUGGUAAUGACUUCGGUUUCUGGACAUUUACUGGCUCAUGAUUUCCGGAUGCAGUUUCGAAAAUGGCAGAGCUGCAACCCUCUUGUCCUCUUUGAAGCAGAAAUUGAAAAAUACUGCCCAGAGAAUUUUGUAGACAUCAAGAAAACUCUGGAACGAGAGACUCGCCAGUGCCAGGCUCUGGUGAUCUGGACUGACUGUGAUAGAGAAGGCGAAAACAUUGGGUUUGAGAUUAUCCACGUGUGUAAGACUGUAAAGCCCAAUCUGCAGGUGUUGCGAGCCCGAUUCUCUGAGAUCACACCCCGUGCCGUCAGGACAGCUUGUGAAAACCUGACUGAGCCCGAUCAGAGGGUGAGCGAUGCUGUGGAUGUGAGGCAGGAGCUGGACCUGAGGAUUGGAGCUGCCUUUACUAGGUUCCAGACCCUGCGGCUUCAGAAGAUUUUUCCUGAGGUGCUGGCAGAGCAGCUCAUCAGUUAUGGCAGCUGCCAGUUCCCCACAUUGGGCUUUGUGGUGGAGCGGUUCAAAGCCAUUCAGGCUUUUGUACCAGAAAUCUUCCACAGAAUUAAAGUAACUCAUGACCACAAAGAUGGUAUCGUAGAAUUCAACUGGAAAAGGCAUCGACUCUUUAACCACACGGCUUGCCUAGUUCUCUAUCAGUUGUGUAUGGAGGAUCCCAUGGCAACUGUGGUAGAGGUCAGAUCUAAGCCCAAGAGCAAGUGGCGGCCUCAAGCUUUGGACACUGUGGAGCUUGAGAAGCUGGCUUCUCGAAAGUUGAGAAUAAAUGCUAAAGAAACCAUGAGGAUUGCUGAGAAGCUCUACACUCAAGGGUACAUCAGCUAUCCCCGAACAGAAACAAACAUUUUUCCCAGAGACUUAAACCUGACGGUGUUGGUGGAACAGCAGACCCCCGAUCCACGCUGGGGGGCCUUUGCCCAGAGCAUUCUAGAGCGGGGUGGUCCCACCCCACGCAAUGGGAACAAGUCUGACCAAGCUCACCCUCCCAUUCACCCCACCAAAUAUACCAACAGCUUACAGGGAGACGAACAGCGACUGUACGAGUUUAUUGUUCGCCAUUUCCUGGCCUGCUGCUCCCAGGAUGCUCAGGGGCAGGAGACCACAGUGGAGAUCGACAUCGCUCAGGAACGCUUUGUGGCCCACGGCCUCGUGAUUCUGGCCCGAAACUAUCUGGACGUGUAUCCAUAUGAUCACUGGAGUGACAAGAUCCUCCCUGUCUAUGAGCGAGCCUCCCGCUUUCAGCCCAGCACCGUGGAGAUGGUGGAUGGGGAGACCAGCCCGCCCAAGCUGCUCACCGAGGCCGACCUCAUUGCCCUCAUGGAGAAGCACGGCAUUGGUACGGAUGCCACUCAUGCGGAGCACAUUGAGACCAUCAAAGCCCGGAUGUACGUGGGACUCACCCCAGACAAGCGGUUCCUCCCUGGGCACCUGGGCAUGGGACUUGUGGAAGGUUAUGAUUCCAUGGGCUAUGAAAUGUCUAAGCCUGACCUCCGGGCUGAGCUGGAAGCUGAUCUGAAGCUGAUCUGUGAUGGCAAGAAGGACAAAUUUGUGGUUCUAAGGCAGCAAGUGCAGAAAUACAAGCAGGUUUUCAUCGAAGCGGUGGCUAAAGCAAAGAAAUUGGAUGAGGCCUUGGCCCAGUACUUUGGGAAUGGGACAGAGUUGGCCCAGCAAGAAGAGAUCUACCCAGCCAUGCCAGAGCCCAUCAGGAAGUGCCCAGAGUGCAACAAGGACAUGGUCCUCAAGACCAAGAAGAAUGGCGGGUUCUACCUCAGCUGCAUGGGUUUCCCGGAGUGUCGCUCAGCCAUGUGGCUUCCUGACUCGGUGCUGGAGGCCAGCAGGGACAGCAGCGUGUGUCCAGUUUGUCAGCCACAUCCUGUGUACAGGUUGAAGUUAAAGUUUAAGCGCGGUAGCCUUCCCCCGACCAUGCCUCUGGAGUUUGUUUGCUGCAUCGGUGGAUGCGACGAGACCCUGAGGGAGAUCCUGGACCUGAGAUUUUCACGGGGCCCCCCCAGGGCUAUCCAGCCGUCUGGUCACCUGCAGGCUAGCCAGUCUCUGAACAGGAUGGACAAUAGCCAGCACCCCCAGCCUGCUGACAGCAGACAGACUGGGCCCUCAAAGGCUCUGGCCCAGACCCUCCCACCACCCACGGCUGCUGGUGAAAGCAAUUCUGUGACCUGCAACUGUGGCCAGGAGGCUGUGCUGCUUACUGUCCGUAAGGAGGGCCCCAACCAGGGCCGGCAAUUCUUUAAGUGUAACGGGGGUAGCUGCAACUUCUUCCUGUGGGCAGACAGCCCCAAUCAGGGAGGAGGAGGGCCUUCCGCCUCGGCAUAUAGACCCCUAGGCGGCUCCCUGGGACGCCCACCAGGCCCAGGGAUCCACCUGGGUGGGUUUGGCAACCCUGGUGAUGGCAGUGGUACUGGCACAUCCUGCCUGUGCAGCCAGCCUGCCGUCACACGGACUGUGCAGAAGGAUGGGCCCAACAAGGGGCGCCAGUUCCACACGUGUGCCAAGCCAAGAGAGCAGCAGUGUGGCUUCUUCCAGUGGGUCGAUGAGAACACCGCUCCAGGGACUUCUGGAGCCCCAUCCUGGACAGGAGACAGAGGAAGAAUCCUGGGGUCGGAAGCCAGAAGCAAAAGGCCCCGGGCCAGUUCCUCAGACACGGGGUCCACAGCAAAGAAACCCCGGAAAUGCAGCCUUUGCCACCAACCUGGACACACCCGUCCCUUUUGUCCUCAGAACAGAUGAGCUCAGGGUAGGGUAGAGAGCGCCACUUUCUCAGACCUGUCUCCUUUGUGUUGGGAAAUGAGUUAACCAGGACCAAGUGGCCAUUUAGCAUCCUGGAAACUUGGAGGACAGUGUUGGCCUUUGGAGUCGGGCCUUUUUGUGUUAAGGGGCACAAGGUCCAGACCACUGUGGAGCAGGCCAGCUCUUUUGGACAGUGGCCCUCUUCCCAAGCCUCAGAAGUGACCAUAGCCACUGCUGAAAAGGCACGCAGCUGCUCCCUCGGACCCCCCAAGGGUGGUUGCUGUUAGCAGAGGAUUGGUGCAGUCCUAGCUGAAGCCCACUGUGUGCCAAAGGAAGAAGCUCCCAGGACUGCUUCCUUCACCUCCAGAAAGCCCCAGGUGAGCCGGCAGCACUCAUGGGGCAGGCCAUGUCCAAGCUGCCCAGGACUUCUCUCAUAGAUGUCCUGAGAAGGACGGUGUAAUACAAGGAAGUGGCUGUGGUAACACUGAUCCUGCAGAAGAAGCUUCAUUCCCUCUUUAGUUAAGCCAGGACACCCAGAAUUCAUUGCCUUAAUAAAGAACCCAGGCUGGGUGCAGUGGCUCACGCCUGUAAUCUCAGCGCUUUGGGAGGCUGAGGUGGGUGGAUUGCCUGAGCUCAGGAGUUGGAGACCAGCCUGGGCAACACGGUGAAGCCCUGUCUCUCCUAAAAUACAAAAAAUCAGCCAGGCGUGGCGGUAUGUGCCUGUAGACCCGGCUACUCAGGAGGCUGAGGCAGGAGAAUUGCUUGAACCCAGGAGGCAGAGGUUACAGUUAGCCGAUAUUGUGUCACUGGACUCCAGCCUGGGUGACAGAGCGAGAUGCAGUCUCAAAAAAAAUUUAAAAAUUAAAAAAAAAUAAAAGAAUCCAACCCCAACGGGGCGUGGAGGCUCACACCUAAUCCAGCACUUAGGGAAGUCAAGGCUGGAGGCUUGCUUGAGGUCGGGAGUUGAAGACCAGACUGGGCAACAUAGUUAGACCUUCUCUCUAUUAUUAAAGAUAUAGCCAAGCACAGUUGUACACGCCUUUAGUCCCAGCUGCUCAGGAGGCUGAAGUGGGAGGAUCCUUUGAACCCAAGAGUUUGAGGCUGCAGCAAGCCAUGAUCACACCACUGCACUCCAGCCUGGGUGACAGAGCAAGACCCUGUCUCUCAGACUUUUUGUUUUAAAUAAAUAAUCCAACCUUUUUUUACUCUGACCUGUGAGAGUGCAGAGGGUCUGGGGAACAUUUGCAGAAGCAACAGGUAUCAGCCAGUGCUGGAAGGAGCUCACCCUGGAAGGUCUCACCAGCCUCUGUCCCUCAUGUUUGUCCCUCGUGUCCCAUGUGGACAGCCCUUCCUCCCUUUCCACAUGGUAAGCACUGCGCCCAAUUUCUUCCUGCCCCACAGGUGGUCCCUCAGAGCAGAGAAGAUGUCCAAUGAAAGGUUCAGAUUCAGAUCACUAACUUUCCAUCUUCCACUUUUUCCAGUGGUGGCCAUGUUCCCCGUUUGCCUUCACAAAAACCUUGUGAAUAAUACAAGCCAUAUGGACUCUGAUUUACAGUUUAGAAGAUGAGCAGGGGUGGGUGUGAGUUGCCCAGUCACGUUGCUAGUUGUCGAAGAAACUAGAAUUGUUCUCAGGUCUUGGGCUCCUGGCCCCAUAGACCAGUGGCUCUGUGUCCUGGUGGAGUAUUGGGGAGGAUUUUUAUAAAUGCAGAUUCCUGAGAUUGUUCCUGGAGCAUCUCUGAGUGGGUGUGGGUUGUGGCCCUGCAUGUGUGGUUUUGCCUCUCCCAGCCCCGGGGAACCACCAACCACUUUUUGUCUCUAUGGAUUUACCUACUCUAUAUUUUGUUUAAAUGGAAUCAUACCAGGCUGGGCACAGUGGCUCACGCCUGUAAUCCUAGCACUUUGGGAGGCCAAAGCAGGCAGAUCACCUGAGAUCAGGAGUUCAAGACCAGCCUGACCAAUAUGAUGAAACCCCAUCUCUACUAAACAUACAAAAAUUAGCCAGGGCGUGGUGGUUCACGCCUGUAAUCCCAGCUACUCAGGAGGCAGAGGUUGCAGUGAGCUGAGAUUGGGCCAUUGCACUCCAGCCUGGGCAAUAAGAGUGAAACUCUGUCUCAAGAAAA